CAUGCAAGGGUCACGUCGUGUGCGUUGCACAACUAUGAUGUGCUUCUUUGCAAGUAGCCCUAUAAAAAAUAUUGUCAGAUUUCUACAACUGACCUCAGUUGCUGUGCCAGCUGGCAAGCGAACCAGUUUUUCUUUGCCUUCGCGCUUUUCUACAAAAUCAACAGGCAGCACAGCCAUGGAUCUGAGUGACAUGAGAAAGAAAUACAAAGGAGACGAGGAGUGCUUCGAGGAGAACCAGUUGGUUUCCCUGGAUCCCAUCAAGCAGUUUGGUUACUGGUUCGAUGAGGCAACAAAGUGCCCAGAUAUUGGAGAGGCUAAUGCCAUGUGUAUAGCCACAUCUACAAAAGACGGCCGUCCAUCCGCUCGCAUGGUGUUGCUGAAGGGCUACAGCAAUGAAGGCUUCCGUUUCUUCACCAACUAUGAGAGCCGAAAGGGAGGAGAGCUGGAGAGCAAUCCUUUUGCUUGUCUUGUCUUUUACUGGGAGCCACUUAACAGACAGGUGCGCAUUGAGGGCUCGGUGGAGCGCAUCCCCUACCAGAGUUCAUGUGACUACUUCCACUCUCGGCCCAAGAGCAGCCAGAUCGGUGCAGUGGUGAGCCGGCAGAGCACCAUAGUCCCAAAUAGACAGUACCUGAGACAGAAAAAUGCAGAACUUGAGGAAACGUACAAGGACACUGAAGUUCCCAUGCCAGACUAUUGGGGUGGCUACAUUGUCAAGCCACAGGUGAUCGAGUUCUGGCAGGGCCAAACCAACCGGCUGCAUGACCGCAUUGUGUUCAUGAGGCCCAAGGAAGGUGAAGACACCCUGGGUGAGAUGCAGCACCAAGGGGAAGGAGGCUGGGUGUACUACCGUUUGUCCCCCUGAGGGUGGGAGCAUGCGAUCAGCAUACAGCAUAGGUGACUGCUGAUGCAGCUGCCGAAAGCCAGGGCCAGAAAACAACUGUUUUACUCAUUACUGUCAGUCCUCAAUCAUGUUCAUUCUGAAAAAAAUUGGUUGAUGUUUUCUGACACUGAAGCCUCAUUGUAUAUCAAGCCUUUUCAUAAUUUGUGCCUAGGAUCGUUAUUCAGAAACAUUAGACCAAUACAGGGUGUUUGGCUGGUACUAGUAACCAUUUAUCAGGUAGUAUUGUGACAUCUCCACAUUGUCCAACUUAACACUAUCCAUGUGUUUAAUUUUGAAAUGUAUUAGAAUUUUUUUUUCCCUGGGAACUGAAAAUUUCUCAGAAAAUUUUAGGUACCCAUGAAGGGAAUUAAAGCUGGGGAUUUAUGUUAGACCAUAAAACACUGAUCAGA